GAUUACGCAGAGUGGAUACUUCCGGACUCCAUUUGAUCGCCGCCGCGUGGGGGCGUGGAAGAGGAAGCGAAAGGAACCGGCAAUAGAAGUGCUCCUCAAACGUCUCUACCUCUUUGGCGCGCUGUACUCCGCGCGCCGCCGGCCGUCUCUAUGGUAACCAGCGCAAGGAGGGCUUCCGGCGGGGACGAGGGCCCUCUCCUUUUCUCCUUCCGGCUCUGGAGGUGGCGGCAGCAGCAGCAGCAGCAUGGAGGCCAAGGCCGGCGCGGCGCUGAAGAAAAAGGGGAGCCGGGCGAGGAAGAGAGGGUCCCAGGCGGGUUCGGAGCACGAUGGCCGGGAAGCCACAGCUGCGGUUGCUGAGAAACGCCUCCAAGCCAAGCACUUGGCUCUGCUGGGCGAGAAGCCCGCGGCGGAGAGGGGCCUCGAAGCGCUGGUCUUCGGCGACGUAGGCGAAGGAGAGGCCUUGUUGCGGCGCUUGCGCGGGCCUGCCCACACGGCUACUGAUGUACUCAGUGGGAACUUUCUGGAUGGCGAGUCUGAGGAUUCAGAACUGGAAAAUGAAACAGAUGACAACUUUAUUUCACCAAAAAGGCCAGCAUGGAUAGAUGAGGAUGAUGAAACUGAGGAAAUAAUUGACAUGACCCAUCGAUAUCGAAAAAACAUGAUGAAAAGUGAUGCAGAAAGUAAACUUAGCAAAGAAAAACUUCAAAGACGACUUCAAGAACAAUUUCAGGGUGCUAUGGGAACAACUCCUUCUUGGGCACAGAGGGGCAUGAAAAAUACAUUAAAGACAAAACAUGAAGAUGACAGUGAGGAUGAAGGCGAUGAUGAUUUGUUAUGCAAGACAGGCAAUUUUGUGGCAACAUCAGACUCUUUACCAAAAGGCAUUUUACAGAUGAAAAACUGCUUGCCUGCCAAUAAUGAACGCCUGUCUGCUGCAAAUCUGACAACUGUGCAGUUCCAUCCUUCUGCCCAGGUUGUUAUGACAGCUGGCCUUGAUCGGUCUGUGUCCUUAUUCCAGGUGGAUGCUGUCACUAAUCCAAAGAUACAGAGUAUACAUUUGGAAAACUUUCCAAUCUACAAAGCAUGUUUCAGUGCUGAUGGAGAGCAGGUUAUAGCAACUAGUACCCGCAACAAACUGUUCUAUAUAUAUGACAUGAUGGGAGGAAAAAUUAUUCCUGUAAACCAUGUCAGAGGUUUGGAGGAAAAGACUGUCAGAAAAUUUGAAGUAUCUCCAGAUGGGAAAUUCCUACUUGUUAGUGGGACAUCAGGCUAUCUGCAUUUGAUAACAAUGAAGACAAAGGAGUUUGUUGGAAGCAUGAAAAUUAAUGGGAAGGCAGCUGCAUCAACUUUCUCACCUGAUGGGAGCAAAAUCUACACCCAUUCUGCUGAGGGUGAGGUCUUCAUAUGGGAUGUGAAAAGUAGGCGAUGCCUGAACAGGUUUACUGACGAAGGUUGCCUUCGAGGUACAUCUAUCACAGUCUCCAAAAACAGCCAGUAUGUGGCUUGUGGUUCCAGUUCUGGAGUUGUGAAUGUGUAUUCACAUGAUGACUGCCUCAGGGAAACCAGUCCUAAACCUCUUAAAGCUAUAAUGAAUGUGGUCACACCUGCUACUUCAGUAGUAUUUAAUCCCACAACUGAGAUCCUAGCAAUAGCUUCAAAUAAAGUUGAUGAAGCUGUAAAACUGGUCCAUAUUCCUUCAUUUUCUGUAUUCUCAAAUUUCCCUGUAUUCAGAAGAAAACAAAUAUAUUUGGCUAACUCCAUGGAUUUUUCACCAAGAAGUGGAUAUUUUUGCAUAGCAAAUAACAAAGGAAAAGCUUUAUUGUAUAGAUUGAAGCACUAUUCCAGUUUCUGAAUGACUUACUUUAGAAUGAGAUGCUAUAAUCUCUGGUUCUAAGAAUGCAGAUUGAAGUUUGUUCAUCUCUUUGUUGUUUUUUUCUAUGUAUGUACAUGAGUAUCAAUAUAUAGAUUUUUAAUUA